CAAUAACACACCAACAAUGGCAUCAAAGUUCGUAGUACUCGCUCUCUUCGUAGCGGUUGCUCACGCCAGCGGCCUGAACGGCUACAAUAGCAACAGCUUCUCCUACGGAGUUUCUGACCCCUACACCGGUGAUGUGAAGAGCCAGACCGAAAACCGUGUCGGUGACAGCGUUGUCGGACAAUACUCCCUAUUGGAGUCCGACGGCACCCGCCGUACUGUCGACUACUCUGCAGACGCACACAACGGUUUCAACGCUGUUGUGCGUAAAGACCCAGCUGUGAUCGCCGCUCCCGCUGUUGUCGCCGCUCCCGCUGUUGUUGCCGCCCCCGCUGUUGCGGCUGCUCCCGCUGUCAUUGCUGCACGCACUGUCGCCGCCGCUCCCGCCGCCUGGGGAUACGCCGCGCGCACUGUUGCCGCCGCUCCCGCUGUUGUUGCUGCUCCCGCCUAUGCCGCCGCUCCUGCCGCUUCCUGGGGAUACGCCGCUGGUGUCGCACCGGUAGCCUACGGUGCCGCUGCCGCUCCCCUUGCCUACAACUCAUACGCAGCCGCUCCCCUCGCCUACAACUCAUACGCCGCCGCUCCCCUCGCCGGAGCUAUCGGCUACGGUGCCCACGGUGUCGCGCGUGUCGAUAAUUCUUCACUAUGCGCUCCUUACCACGAGCACACCAAAAUGGCAUCUAAGUUCGUAGUACUCGCUCUCUUCGUCGCGGUCGCUCACGCCAGCGGCCUGAACGGCUACAACAGCAACAGCUUCUCCUACGGAGUGUCUGACCCCUACACCGGUGAUGUGAAGAGCCAGACCGAAAACCGUGUCGGCGACAGCGUUGUCGGACAAUACUCCCUGUUGGAGUCCGACGGUACCCGCCGUACUGUCGACUACUCUGCCGACGCACACAACGGUUUCAACGCUGUUGUGCGUAAAGACCCAGCUGUGAUCGCCGCUCCCGCUGUUGUUGCCACUCCCGCUGUUGUUGCCGCUCCCGCUGUUGCGGCUGCUCCCGCUGUUAUUGCUGCGCGCACUUACGCCGCUGCUCCUGCCAUUGCUGCCGCUCCCGCCGCCUGGGGAUACGCCGCGCGCACUGUCGCUGCCGCUCCCGCUGUCGUUGCUGCUCCCGCCUAUGCUGCCGCUCCUGCCACUUCCUGGGGAUACGCCGCUGGUGUCGCACCCGUAGCAUACGGUGCCGCUGCCGCUCCCCUCGCCUACAACACAUACGCCGCCGCUCCCCUCGCCGGUGCUAUCGGCUACGGUGCCCACGGUGUCGCGCGUGUCGGUUGGUGA